CAAAAACAAAGUUUCAAGCAAAGCAAUUACAGACCAAACAGACUUUUGUUUAGUUAUUAAUAAAAAAUACGAUUCUACGACCGACAAGUGUUAGUUAUUACAUAACCAAAGUCCAAACCUUUUUGCUCACUUACUUGAAUUUGAUUUUCGAUUUGUCCAGACAUACGUAGCUUCCUCCGAACACAACGCCUCUCUGUGUACGGCAUCUCCGGUGAAUCGGAGUUCACCAUCGCCGACAUCAAGCAAACCCCUUGAAUUGAUAUCACUUUCUUCCAAUCUCAGAGAUUUGUUUUCAUUGAUCUGUCAAUUCUCAGAGAAUUCUAGGAAUCUUCUCCUGAAUGAGAUAUUAAGUUGGUGAUCACAUUGAACAUCGAGUUAGCUGGACAUAUAUGUCUUGAUCUAGUGUGACCGAAAGUUUUCUCUGGAACGUCCCAGAAGCAUGACCCUCCAUAGAAAUAGGAUGAAAAGAGGAGCCCUUAGACGAAGGGCUAGAGAUAUAUCUCUCGUGCUUGUUGUGCUUGUUUGUGCAACUGUCGUCAUAUGGACAUGGGAUAGUACACCAACUACGGCCUAUCUUCCACCUGAAAGUCAAUUCCUAAAGCUGGAAACAGAAGAAGAGCUUCAAAGAAUAUCUACGGCACUGAAUACUGAAAAGAAAGACAGAUACUCAUCAGCGACCCCCUUUGUAAACAAAGAGCAAAGCGAAGAGGACCAUACUGAUAAUAAAGAUACAGAAGAAGAAAAGAAACAAGUGGAAGAAGUUAGCGUAAGUGAGACGAAUCAAGUGAAGACAUCACCUAUUGAAGAAAAGAACCUUGAACAAGUGGAACAUGAAGUUAUUGUAAGUGAGCCAAAACAUCAGAAGACACCAACUAGUGAAGAAAAUAAAUUAAAACAGGUGAAACAAGAGGUUUCUGUUGGUGAGGCCGAAGCAAAGACCACACAUACUGAAAAGACUACUUCAGAUCCAGAGAUUAAAACUCUUACAACAGACGAAGCCAAGAAAGAUGAUGGUAGUACUUCAACAGCUAGCAUCGCCAAUCAAGGUUGCAAUUACGCGAAAGGGAAAUGGGUUGUGGACAAUCACCGUCCUUUGUAUUCAGGAUCUCGUUGCAAACAGUGGCUUGCGUCUAUGUGGGCCUGCAGGUUGAUGCAACGUACAGACUUUGCCUUUGAAAGGUUAAGAUGGCAACCUAAAGACUGCUCUAUGGAAGAAUUUGAGGGUUCCAAGUUCUUGAAAAGGAUGCAGAACAAGACCCUAGCCUUUGUUGGAGACUCGUUAGGAAGACAACAGUUUCAAUCUAUGAUGUGUAUGAUCACAGGAGGCAAAGAGAGACUCGAUGUCCUUGACGUGGGACCAGAGUUUGGGUUCAUAACUCCCCAAGGUGGAGCUCGUCCUGGUGGCUGGGCUUACAGAUUCCCAGAAACCAACACAACAGUCCUAUACACUUGGUCAUCAACACUCUGCGACAUAGAACCGCUCAACAUCUCUGACCCUUUAACCGAACACGCCAUGCAUCUAGAUCGUCCACCAGCGUUCUUACGCCAAUACCUUCACAAGAUUAACGUGUUGGUGAUGAACACAGGUCACCACUGGAACAGAGGGAAGCUCAACGGCAACAGAUGGGUGAUGCAUUUAAACGGAAGGCCCAAUACUAACAAGAAGCUAGCAGCUCUUGGCAACGCCAAGAACUUCACAAUCCACAGCACUGUUAGUUGGGUUAGCUCGCAGCUUCCUAACCAUCCUGGUCUUAAGGCCUUCUACAGAAGCCUUUCUCCGAGACAUUUUGUCGGCGGGGAAUGGAACACUGGAGGGAGCUGUAAUAACACGACACCAAUGUCUAUUGGGAAAGAAGUUUUGCAAGAGGAGUCUAGUGAUUACAGUGCGGGACAUGCAGUGAAAGGCACAGGGGUUAAGCUUUUGGACAUAACGGCUUUGUCUCAUGUUAGAGAUGAAGGUCAUAUAUCACGGUUUAGUAUCUCGGGGGCUUCGAAAGGAGUUCAGGAUUGUCUUCAUUGGUGCUUGCCUGGAGUUCCUGAUACGUGGAAUGAAAUCCUUUUCGCAAUGAUAUAAGUUUUUUGCAAGUUACAUGUUUUUUAUGACAUACAUUGAGGUAAUAGCGGCCUGAGGUGUAAGUUAUAGUAUUCAUUCUGGUAUAGAAACAAAGCUCAUUGUCGUAAACCAUACCAGGGCUUGUCCGAACAUAUUUACGGAACAGAAUCUAACUCAACUUUGUCUUUUGAGA